UUCUUUUCUUUUCUUUUCUUUUUCUCUUCUCUUCUCUUCUCUUCUCUUCUCUUCUCUUCUCUUCUCUUCUCUUCUCUUCUCUUCUCUUCUCUUCUCUUCUCUUCUCUUCUCUUCUCUUCUCUUCUCUUCUCUUCUCUUCUCUUCUCUUCUCUUCUCUUCUCUUCCCUUCCCUUCCCUUCCCUUCCCUUCCCUUCCCUUCCCUUCCCUUUCCUUUCCUUUCCUUUCCUUUCCUUUCCUUUCCUUUCCUUUCCUUUCCUUUCCUUUCCUUUCCUUUCCUUUCCUUUCCUUUCCUUUCCUUUCCUUUCCUUUCCUUUCCUUUCCGUGUCUGAUUUGUCUUUUCCUACAGAGGUUCUUGUAUCCCCUUAUUCUCAAACGGUUUCACCUUUGUAUAUGUAUUACUGCAUGCUGAUUAAUCACUCUAGAAUGGAACAACUCCUAAACGAAAGCACGGCCUGUAGUAUAGGAUUAUAACGAAACCUGUUGGAUUAGGGAGAGCAAUUGAGGAUGAUUCAGAGCAACCUCUGAUAUGCAUCUGAAAAGUGACAAGAUCAAUAGUGAAGGGAGUGCUUUUGAAGAAGGAUAUUUAUCACUCCCUUAUACUGCCUUGUGUUGGUCAGGAUUUGAAAAAGGUGGCUGGUGGCGUUCCAAUAUGAAGCUGCAUUAGUCUGUGGAAAAGGUGAGAGAAAAAUCAUUCAAACCCCACUGAUACCAAAAUCUGUGCAAUCAGAGCAGGAGAUUGUGCUUUCAGACUAAUGGGUUAGGCCUCAUAACAGUCUACACGUCGCACUGAGAAAGAUUCUUUCACUAUAUUACAGAAGACCGACAUUUAAAAGAAAAAAACUUAUCCCUACACAAGAAAUAACAAAGCAACAGGAGGCCUCUGCCUUUCUUCUGGUUGUGGACCGACGAGCAAAGAUAAACUCGGCUGAAGAAAGGCCGAAGCAAGAGGUCGCCGCUGGAGAGAGGCAAUGCCUCCGUGGCCACUGUCCCGCGACUGCGAGCUGUGGGUGGGACAGGCCGGGCGGGCAGCGCUGAGCAGCGCUCGGUGUCUGCAGUGCCGGGAGGAGGCUGCGGGCGCCGCUGUUGACCGAGGAGGAGCGAGAGGAAGGCCGGAGCGCUGUAGGCAGCCCCGCCCGCUGCGGCCCGGCUCGCUCGCUCGCUGGCUCGGCGGUCGGGCGCUUUGUGAGUGUCCCCCCGGUGCGGAGCCGUGCUGCAGCGAGGCGGAGGGGCCGGCGGUAGCGGCCGGGAACGGAGAGCAGGGACCGAAACAGGAGAAGGCGCCACAGAGCUGCCGUUGUAGGUGCGGUGCCGGCGGGACGCGGCGGAGAUGUGGGCGGCGGGGAGGCGCUGGGGCCGGCGGGAGCGAGCCCUGCUGUGGGGUGUGCUGGUGGCGGCGUGGGAGGCGGCAUGGGGACAUCUGAGCUACUCGGUUUCAGAGGAGAUGCCGAAAGGCUCGUUCGUGGGUGACGUGGCCAAGGACCUGGGGCUGCAGCUGCUGACACUAGGAGAAGGCGGAGUCCGCGUUGUCUCCGAUGAUGGGACACAGUAUUUCUCCCUGCACGAGAGGACGGGACAUUUGGUGACGGCGGAGAGGAUAGACAGAGAGCAGCUGUGUCGGCUGGUGGAGAAAUGUGUGCUCCGCUGUGAAUUGUUAGUGGAGGGAGAAAUGCAGGUUCAUGGAAUUCAAGUGAAGAUCACGGACAUUAACGACAAUUCCCCCAGCUUUAAGGAAGCGGAUCUGGAGGAGAGAAUAAGCGAGACGACAGCCCCAGGGUCGCGGUUUCCCCUGCCCGAGGCUCACGAUCCGGACUCAGGACCGAAUUCUGUGCAGAGCUACGAGCUAAGCGGCGACGAGCACUUCUCGCUGGCCGUGCAGUCGGGUCCCGGCGGGGAUCAGCGUCCCGAGCUGGUGCUGGCGAAGGCGCUUGACCGGGAGGAGGCGGCGUUUCACGAGCUGGUGCUGAGGGCGAGCGACGGUGGCGAGCCGGCGCGGACGGGCACGGCGCGGAUCCGCGUGGCGGUGCUGGACGCCAACGACAACGCGCCCGUGUUCAGCCAGGCGGAGUACACGGUGCGUGUGCCGGAGGACGUGCCCGUGGGCUCCACCCUCGUCAUGGUCACGGCCACCGACGCUGACGAGGGUCCCAACGGGCACGUGAAAUACUCACUGAAGAAGGCGACGGACAUGACAACAGAGAUUUUCCAGGUGGACGGGGAGACGGGAGCGAUCUCGCUGGUGCGUAGCCUGGACUUCGAGGAAGGCGACUCUUACGAACUGGAGGUGCAGGCACGGGACGGUGGAGGCCUUUUCGAUGCCGCAAAGGUCACGAUCACAGUGACAGACGUCAACGACAACGUGCCCAAGAUAUCGAUUCGGUCGGCUCUGAAUGAGAUCUCUGAAGAUGCCCCGUCGGGGACCGUGGUGGCCCUUCUCCACGUGCAGGAUCGUGACUCGGGACCGAACGGCGAGGUGCGGUGUAGCAUCGCCAAGAGUCUCCCGUUCCGCUUGGAGAAGUCGUUUGAUAAUUACUACCGCGUAGUGACGACUCGGGAGCUGGACCGGGAGCAUGUGUCGGAGUACAACGUGACGGUGCGGGCGGAGGACGGCGGGUCGCCGGCGCUGUGGAGCAGCGCCGUGCUGGGGCUGCGGGUGCUGGACGUGAACGACAACGCGCCGGUGUUCGCGGAGACGCGCUACAGCGCCCGUGUGCCCGAGAACAACGCGGCGGGCGCGCUGGUGCUGAGGGUGCGGGCGUGGGACGCGGACUGGGGGCAGAACGCGCGCGUGCGGUACCGGCUGGGGGAGGGGCGUGUGCGGGGCGCGCCGCUGUCGUCGUACGUGUCGGUGGAGGCGGAGACGGGCGCGCUGUACGCGCUGCGCUCGUUCGACUACGAGGAGGUGCGCGAGGUGGGGCUGUGGGUGCGGGCGGAGGACGGCGGCGCGCCGGCGCUGAGCAGCAACGUGUCGGUGCGGCUGGUGAUCGUGGACGAGAACGACAACGCGCCGCAGGUGCUGUACCCGCCGGCGGCGCCUCUUGCGGCGGGCGCGGGCCUGGCGGGCGUGGAGCUGGCGCCGCGCUCGGCCGAGCCCGGGGCGCUGGUGGCCAAGGUGGUGGCGGUGGACGCGGACGCGGGGCAGAACGCGUGGCUGUCGUAUGAGCUGGCCAAGGCGACGGAGCCGGGGCUGUUCCGCGUGGGGCUGCACAGCGGCGAGGUGCGCACGGCGCGCUUCCCGCUGGCCCGCGACGCGGCGCGGCAGAGCCUGGUGGUGGUGGUGAAGGACCACGGGCGGCCGGCGCUGUCGGCCACGGCCACGCUGACGGUGGUGCUGGCCGAGAGCGUGGCCGAGCUGCUGGCCGAGCUGGGCAGCGCGGCAUCGGCGGCGGCGCCGGGCGAGCCGGCCGGCAGCCUGACGCGCUGGCUGGUGCUGGCCGUGGCGGCCGUGUCCUGCCUCUUCCUCGCCUUGCUGCUGCUGCUGCUUGCGCUGCGCCUGCGGCGCUGGCGCCGCUCGCAGCUGCUGGCGGCGGGCAGCGGCGCCUUGCGCGGCGUGCCGGCCUCGCACUUCGUGGGCAUCGACGGCGUCCGCGCCUUCCUGCACUCCUACUCGCACGAGGUGUCGCUCACGGCCGACUCGCGCAAGAGCCAGCUCCGCUUCUCGGGCGCCAGCUGCUGCGACACCCUCCCGGCCCGCCCGCCGCCCGACGAGCCCGCGCCACUGCUCGGGGAGGACCCCGCCGCUCCCCCGGUGAGUUCCAAUGACCGCCCUUUGCAGUGAUCGCGAUGCUUCCCUCUGCUGCUUCUCUGCCAUUUUACCGCCACGUUCCGCUGUGUCCUGGCAAGGGAGGUUUGGUUACAGGGAGAGCAAAGCUUCAUUCGGCAACGCGCUCUGUGCUGGUGGCUCUUGCCUCAGGGAGGUGAACUGAGGAUCGUUGGUCAGUGUUACCGUUGGUGUGGUUGGCAGCAUAAGUGGGUCUGCUCUUAUCUUGAACUUCUUCAGAGCGGGCAUAUAUGUUUUUGUCCGGUCUUUACGCUGUUGACUGACCCAGUUUUCUCCUGUAUGACAGCUUCUCGUUUACUUUUAGACCCUUGUUGUUUCUUUUGUGAACUGUAGUGAGAAGUCAAAGUAGCUUUAUCUUAGCAUAGUUUUACUUGUGUGUAGCGUGUGAGACAAAUCUGGUGCACUUUAGAGAUAAAUGGUCUGAGCAACUGGCUGUUUAAUGAGAAGUGCAUGAAAAUUAUCUCGGUCAAAGCACACUAUUGUUGCUGGAGAUAAAAGUCGUGAUAGCUAUAUGUUAGGGGCUAUUGAAGGACACAAGAAAUCUGUUUUGUUCCUUUUCUGUUCAGUGCCAAUCUGCAGUAUCUUGUAACGUGAAUUUCUUCUUCCUGCAUGUUACCGUGUUGCAGUUAACGAAUAGCUUAAUUAUGUACUAAUUAUAUAUUGCAGGUGCGAAUGGUUUAGUUAAGUAUUAAUAAUAAAUGUGUAGAAGCGAAUGGCUUCUCAUUCUUUACUAGAUAGUGAGUGGAAGAUCCCAUCUGUUACAUUUGCCUGAGUUUCCCAUACAUGUCUUUCAUGUUUACGGCUGCAAAGACAAAGACUUCCAUAGACCUGUUUCCCGAAAAUGACUCUGGAAGAAAUGCUCUUGUUUGUCUUUUACACAUCCUGUAAAGUCAAAUGUUAUCCAUAGUAUGGAGAAAAUGUCUGUGUAGAUUUUCAUUAGGUGGAGUCUACAUGCAAAUGAUGAACAGAAGUGAGAGACUGGCACGCUGUGAAGUGUUUGAGGAGACUGGUGGAUACCUGGCGUGUGUUUUGUUGACUCCUAGGGUUUAUUACUGGCCUUCUAGAAACGGGUCUGAAGAUGGCUUAGUUUUGAAUAUCACAUUGCUUGGACUGGCCCCAUCUUGUUUCAUCAGUGUUCCUUCUUGUUGCACGAUGUUCCCUGUCAAUAGUAUUUAAAGGCUUGGAUUGCUUACCAUGAUGAGGCAAAGAUGGGCCUCUGUGUGUCUGAUCAUGUGUCAGAAAAAUCAUGGGAAGUAAUGUCCUUAUUUGUCACAUACACGUGGUGGGAAGUCAGCACAGGAUCAGCAAGAGACUGGCCUGGAAGCAGGUAAAGAGGGGGUUGUGUGCUCCAUGUUUCUGGACAGUACUUUAAUAUCGUACCUAGUGUCAAGACCUCUGCCACUUACACUAGAGCCUUUUUACCCCACCCUUAAAGGGGAUGACAAUCUUCUGACAAACUGCUCUGCAAGUAAUAACCAUGGAAAUGCAAACAUGAAUGAGGGAGACUGUUUCUCCUAAUUGCUGUGUGAAAUGUCCUUUUUCUAGAUACAUGUGCUUGGGUUUCAUCCUGGUUGCUUUUCCCAGCAUAAAUCAACCCUCUGAUGUUAUUAAUUGCUCUUGCUGCUAUGAAGUAACUGCUGAUGUAUUUUCAGCCUUAGAAGUGGUGUGAAUGUAGGGGAUUGGAGUGUAUUUUUGUCUGGAAUUUCUGGGUUUGGGCCUUGUAAUUUAAAGUAGGUGUGAGGAAGGUACUCAUUUUAUACACUGUCCAAUGUAAUUUCCAAUCCAGAUUUUCCUGUGAAUGGUAAUCAUUGGGGUAUAGAGGCAAACAUUUCAAUAACAGUUGCAGAGUCACAUCUUGUCCAAAUUGCCAAUGUGCAUGAUCAUGUUUUGAGCUGACACUGAUGACUGAGUCUUUAAUUGAGUUGCAUGUUGUAUAUGCCCUUUAGAGCACUUUAUUUUCUUGAAAUGAGUGUGAUGAGCAGGGAAGUUUCCAUGCAUAUAUCCACGUUGUGAUUCUUGGUCUCCACAAGGAGAAGCUGCAUGUACAACAUUUGUUUCAGUGGUUUCUAUUUGCAAAAUUAUCUUCCCUUUUUUGUAUUAUGUUGGAGCACACUAGAACAUUCAGUCUGCAGAGAGACAAGGUAAGUGGCACAGCUCGCUGUGGUAUGGUUUGUAAUGUCUAAAAGUGAGGUGUAAAUAUGCAUUUUCUCCUAGUUGUUAAAUGGGGCCCAUAGUUGUGUUCCUGGGCAUUUUCCAUUUCUUAUUGCCCAAAGAAAUUACCUGGAGAACUGUGGCUAUCGUCUUUGGUAUAAACUCCUCUGUGAUCCUCCCAUGUACAUUUUACCAAUUAGAAACCCUUCUUGUGUACCUGCUACAGCUAACAUAAUCUGAAAUCCUAACCUUUCAUUUCUUCAUUUCUAUAGGUUUUACAUUUCUUCUGUGUUUCUUCUCAUAUUCUAGAACUGGACCUCAGUUGACUGAUAGUCCUUAAAGUACAGUUCUGUUAAAAUUAUCAGACUGCAGGAGCAGUUUCCACCCAUAACUUGAAGGUGUUCAGCUGCCAAGAUUUUGAUAGACCACUGUUUCCCAAAAAUGUUGCUGAAUGAAAUGCUCUUUGGCCAACAUAGAGGCAAAAGCUGGACAUUGUCCACAGUGCAACCCAAGUUUUGGAAUGCAGAGCAAGAAGGCUAAGAUGGUGGGCUCCAGUUACAAAAAGAUGUGGUUCUAUGUGGUUUUGACUGGACAAUGGUUUGAUUUCAUGUCUUUGACAUUCGUGUUGUGAUCCUAGAUUUGCUGUCCUGCAAGACAAUGGUAGUCCUCUGGUAAGAAAAUAUUUGAGCUUAAACGUGGACCUAGAACUAUGAUGCAUGGGUAGAAGAGCUUGUGAUUCCUCUUGGAAACCUAGUUUACACAUUUGUAUCUCCCUGUAACUUUUUGAUGUAGAAUUUCUUCAUAUUUGUAGUGUAAGUAUGUACCUAGAAAUAUGGCACAUGGGGAGAACAGCUUAUGAUUGCUGUUCGAAACCUCUUUGUCCGUCUCUAUCACCCUUUAACUUUGAGGUGUAGAGUUCCUUCAUAUUUGUAGUUACACUUUCUUCAGACCUUUGUUUCCUGGAAGGUUGUGCUUCUUUUUCUCAGUUUCUGGACAGUGCUUUUGCUUUUGAAACUGUGGGUGUUGUUUUGCAGCAAAUACUUCCUUCAAUCACUUAAGACAGAAUUUUAGUUAUUAGGAAAAUGAAGCAGAAGCUGGAAGAGAUUCUGCUGUAAUUUCUCAGAAGAAUGAGCUUGAGAACAAGGCCCAUUUUAAGGCCUUUACACUCAUGGCUUCAUUUUUGUGGGAGAUGAGGAGGCCAGAUACUGAAAAAAAACACUGAGAGCUGAUGAGUAUUUCUUCCUAUGUAAUCCAGAGGCCUUUAGGGUUGCACUUUCAGCUUUAGAGGUGAACAAUUUCCAGGUGCUCUCAGGGUUGAAUUUCAAGGCCUGCAAUGAAGACCAAAGCACCCUCUCAGU